GCGCCGCGGCCCCGGCAUGAGGAGCGGGCGAUGAUCCCCGCCAACGCCUCCGCCAGGAAGGGGCCCGAGGGCAAGUACCCGCUGCACUACCUCGUGUGGCACAACCGCCACCGCGAGCUGGAGAAGGAGGUCCGUGCCGGCCAGGUGGACAUUGAACAACUGGAUCCCCGUGGCCGGACUCCCCUGCACCUGGCCACCACCCUUGGGCACCUGGAAUGUGCCCGUGUGCUCUUGGCACACGGUGCAGACGUGGGCAGGGAGAAUCGCAGUGGCUGGACAGUGCUGCAGGAGGCUGUGAGUACCAGGGACCUGGAGUUGGUGCAGCUGGUGCUGCGGUACCGGGACUACCAGCGGGUGGUGAAGCGACUGGCAGGCAUCCCCAUGCUUCUGGAGAAGCUUCGAAAGGCUCAGGAUUUCUACGUGGAGAUGAAAUGGGAGUUCACUAGCUGGGUGCCCCUGGUAUCCAAGAUCUGCCCUAGUGAUACCUACAGGGUGUGGAAGAGUGGGCAGAACCUGAGGGUAGACACCACACUUCUGGGCUUUGACCAUAUGACCUGGCAGAGAGGGAAUCGCAGCUUUGUCUUCAGGGGUCAAGACACAAGUGCUGUGGUCAUGGAGAUUGACCAUGACCGCCGUGUGGUGUACAUGGAGACGCUGGCGCUGGCUGGGCAGGAUCGGGAGCUGCUGCUGGCUGCUGCCCAACCCACCGAGGAGCAAGUACUGAACCGGCUCACUGCACCUGUUGUUACCACACAGCUGGACACUAAGAACAUCUCCUUUGAGAGGAACAAGACUGGCAUUCUGGGCUGGCGCAGUGAGAAGACCGAGAUGGUGAAUGGGUAUGAAGCCAAGGUGUAUGGGGCUUCCAAUGUGGAGCUCAUCACCCGGACACGGACAGAGCAUCUUUCAGAACAACACAAGGGCAAGGUCAAAGGUUGUAAGACACCUCUGCAGUCUUUCUUGGGAAUUGCUGAGCAGCACGGGGGCCCCCAAAAUGGGACCCUGAUCACUCAGACCCUGAGCCAAGCCAAUCCCACUGCCAUCACUGCAGAGGAAUACUUCAACCCCAACUUUGAGCUUGGCAACCGGGACAUGGGUCGUCCCAUGGAACUGACUACCAAGACACAGAAGUUCAAGGCCAAGCUGUGGCUGUGUGAGGAGCAUCCCCUGUCCCUGUGUGAGCAGGUGGCUCCCAUCAUUGACCUCAUGGCUGUCAGCAAUGCACUUUUUGCCAAGCUCCGGGACUUCAUCACCUUGCGCCUGCCUCCUGGCUUCCCAGUCAAGAUUGAAAUCCCGAUCUUUCACAUCCUCAACGCCCGCAUCACCUUCGGGAACCUCAAUGGCUGCGAUGAGCCAGUGCCCUCAGUGCGAGGCAGCCCCAGCAGUGAGACGCCCUCCCCUGGCAGCGACUCCUCCAGUGUCAGCAGCAACAGUUCUACCACCUCCUGCCGCGGCUGUGAGAUCUCCCCUGCGUUGUUCGAGGCCCCCCGUGGCUACAGCGUGCUGGGUGGCCAGCGAGAGGCCGCUACUCGGGAUGAAGAUGAUGACCUACUGCAGUUUGCAAUCCAGCAGAGCCUGCUUGAGGCGGGCAGUGAGUAUGACCAGGUAACCAUCUGGGAGGCGCUAACCAACAGCAAGCCAGGCACCCACCCCAUGUCCUAUGAAGGCCGCCGACAGGACAGGUGUCCCAGGUGUGCCGGGAGCGGGGAGCGCUCGACAAAUCCUCCCCACCCCCAGGAGCGCCCCACCCACGCCGCAGCGCCAGCCCGUGCCCCCGGCACCAGUGCCCAGCCCUCGGCCCAGCCCGGGUCCCAGCUCCAGCAGCCACGUGUUCCGGAGUUACGACGAGCAGCUGCGGCUGGCGAUGGAGCUGUCGGCGCAGGAGCAGGAAGAGAGGCGGCGGCGAGCACGCCAGGAGGAGGAAGAGCUGGAGCGGAUCCUGCGGCUCUCGCUGACCGAACAGUAGCGCCCCCUGCUCGGACCCUCACCCACUCCACGCAGGACCCGGGUCUGCGCACCUGCCGUGCUGCUGCUGGAGUCUGGAGCCAUCGCGUCGGGGGUGUAGCGGUGCACCAGGCUUGAGAUGCCAGGGGUUUGAUACAGGCGUGGAGUGACUUUCCCAGCCAGAGCCCUAGAGGCAUGGCUGUUCUCCCUGCUUUGCUGUACAGUGACCCCAGUCCGCUUCCCUGGGCUCAGAUCUGUCCAAGGGCGGAGACAGGUGGUAUUGAAAAGGAAAUGAAUCCUCGAGAGGAGCAUUGUCCCCCUUCUCUUGCUCCUCCUGGCUGGUCCUCCUUGCUCACUGACCCCUCUCCCGGACACCGCCCCUAAAGCCUUCUUUCGCAUCUCAGCUCUUCACCCCGGGAGGCAGCUGAUCACCCUGUGUGCUGUGUUGCUGCUUUGUCCCAGACACAAACCAGCACAUCAAGGGCCCAGCCCCUCCUCACCCCUGCAUUUCAGCGUCAAGUGCACUUAGCGGGGUGCCCAGCUCCCCCAGCUCCCACACCUGUCCUGUGUCUCAGGGUGGUCCCAGCUUCUCCUUAGGCAGCCAGAAAAUGGAGUCCCCAUGCCCACAGCACGUUUUUAUUGUGGUCAGGGAGUGUGUCUAAGGUGCCCCCUAGUCUGGGCAAGGCCUGAUUCCCUCAUGGUGCCUUGGGGAGUGGGGGCAGCAUAUUGGCUUGGGGGCAAGCACUAGGCAGGACACAAAGGCAUUGAUCAGGGCCCUGGUACCACUG